CUAUCUGCGUGCGAGGCUGCUUGGAGAACCUUGGCUUUUGACAUACACCACAGGUGGCCAGCGAUUAUGAGAUUAAAUUUUCAUAUUCCGGGGCAGAAAUUUGUGACCUUCAAAGACAAGGAUCAAGUAGAGAAAGUAGUUAAAGAGAAUGCUGAGCGUCUUUCAAUGUUCGAGGCUUGGAUGAAGGCCAAUACAACGUAUAGACAAGGACGUACACUGACUUAUGCUGAAUUUCCAGGACACUUUGUGUAUGACACGCAAGAGCAACGAUGGUUACCGAGACAACAAAGACCAUCCUUAGGCCGGCUGCAUUAUGUUCCACCAGCGGAAAACCUCUACCCAUUAUUGCCGCUCCACCUCUCUCAUCCCUUUGCUGUCCGUCGCCCGUCGCCCCCUUCCUCUACCGGCCGGCACUUCAUUACCGGCGACCUCUCUACCUGCUUUGGAUCUUUCGCCUGGAAUCAAUUAUCUAAAUUUUUCUCAAAUUAUCUGGACUCGCUAGUUUCUUCGAAUCUGGAACGACGACACACCCAAAGUCAGGAGCUAGCAACUCAGAUUUAUCUCCUGCUGCUUUGGGACAUCAUAAGAGCAUAGCCUCAGUUUUUCUCGGAAUUAGGAAAAAAUCUCGGGCAUGACAUUGUCAAAUCAUUAUCUUUUGAAGAUUGGGAACGUGCUCAUGUUCUAAGAAAUUGCGAGGAAGUUCGUCCUUUCAUUGAGGAGUACGAAAGUACUAAUCAACAUCCAUCUCUCUCAUCUAGCUAGUUUCCCAGAGUGGUUCGAAAAUCGAAUUACUUAGUUAUGGAAUCAACAUGAUAAAAAAGCGAGUUAUGAUCU